AGAUUUCCAUAGAUUCAGCAGGUGGCUUUACAGCAGGAGCAAUCAUGUUUCUGGUGGUUAAUGCUUUCUUAAUGCUAAUUGCUGCCUAUGGCAAUCUGGUUCUGCUGACUUUAACCACGAUCAUGGAGGUCAUAGUGGUCUGCUUUCUUCUCUCUACUCUUGGUAGACUGCCCUACCAACUGGAAGUUGCUAUGCUUUCAUUAUUCGCAAUCAUUUGCUUGUAUGGGACUCUGGCGUCACUUCUUAACUGCAUCUUCUCCAAGAAAUUGCUACCACUUGGCCCUGCUCUAAUAAAGAACAAUAAAAAGAAGGAAGCUGCUCCUACAACUCCAUGUCCAGUUGCUAGCUCUCGGGGGACCAGUGGGCUCCUAAAGAUUGCCAAAUUGCUUGAAAAUGGUGUGUGUGGUAUUCCCACGGACACUGUCUACGCCCUGGCUGCUUCUUGCAAGAACCCGAGUGCAAUAGAGAAGAUCUACAACAUCAAGGACCGUCCUGCAGAGAAGCCCAUCUGUAUCUGUAUCUCCAGCGUGGAGCAGCUUGUGGCAGCCAAACCUCCUUUCAGCCCCCUGCUGUGGGAGUUCAUGAGAAAUGUCUACCCAGGAGGCAUCAGCUGUAUUGUGCCAAAGGGUGACUGGCUCUUCAAACUUGGUGUGGGACCUGCAUAUGACCGUGUGGGGACAAAGGAAAGCAUAAUGAUCCGUGUCCCUGACCACACGGUGACUGCACACCUGUGUGACAUCACUGGGCCCUUGGCUAUCACAUCUGCAAACCCUAGUGGUGAACCUGACAGCACACACCAUGACAUGGUCAUUGAUCGCCUCGGACACAAGAUUCAAGGAGUACUGUGUGAUGGAGAGUCCAAUGAAGUGGUGGCAUCAACAGUGGUCAACUGCCUGAAGAUCAAUGAAGGUACCAUCACCAUUCUGCGAGAGGGAUGCGUUCCCGCAGCAAAGGUGCGGCAGAUUUUUGAGAGGGUGAAGAACAGCAUGCUGUAGAUCAGAAUCCAGAAGAUGUUCUUGAAGACGAAGAAACCUCGCCGAACUCAGGGGGAAAGGAAGGAUAGAUCAGACCUCAUCACCACAAGUGUUCUCAUGCUACUUCACAGCAGUGUUUUAAUAACGUGUAACUAGAUAGAACAGACUAUGUAUAACUACACAUGAGCCAAUUUACUGUGGAGUGUUUUUAAAAAAUGUUUGUUUGAUAUUUGUGUGUUUGGUCUUACU